AAACGGUUCUGAGGACUCCGCCGAGUUUAAACUAAAAAUAAUGCAUAGGGCUGAAAUUGGGCUGUCAAUGGUGGACGCACUAUUCACCAUCCAGGAACUGAUUGAAGAACGAGUCUUACCUCAACCGAAGACAGAGGAAGACAUUUUGGAAAUCGUCAAGCGACUGCUGGAAAAGCUCAUCCAUCCCAACGACGAAAGUCAGUACAAGAAAGUAGAGGAUGUCAUUUCCCGAGCCCUGUUCGAUGUGGAGAUGUCAGGCGGCCGGACAAACGGCGGUGCUUCGGAGUUUCAGAAAUUGAUGUGGCUUGAACGGGCGCGACAUUUAAACGGCGAGAUUAUUCUACUAAUGGAAGGCUUGCUUGGCGAAUCAGUGGCCGGCGCUGAUUUAAUGAAUAAUAUCAAGGAAAAUCUCAAAUGCAAUGUCACACGGAUGUCUGAAAAAAUGAACCGAUAUGAUAAUCUGAUCAAGACUGGACUGAUGGCCUUCAAUCACUUCGCCGUUCUUGGACAAAUGCCCAUAAUGGAAGUAAGUCGUAGAAAGGCAGCUUUCAAGCAACGCAAUGGCAAAGUGGCGGCCCGGAAUGCAGAGCUCUCCGAGGAGUGUUUCAAGUUUCACACGAAAUAAAAAGCGACACAACUACGAAUCAUGUUUCCGACCAAGUGGCAAACGUUCCCUCCGUUCUCUCACACGCAAAACACGACGGAUAUUAGUUGCCGUCUAUAUAAUACAGCUUAUACACAACAGAAAACGGACCAAGAAUA